AUGGACGGUGGCGAAGCCGUCAUCCGGUCGGCUGUGGACAACUUUGGUCAGGUGGAUGUCCUCGUCAACAGCGUCGGUGUGUUGCAAGACCGCAUGAUUUAUCGCAUGACUCCGGACGAUUGGGAUCGAGUCAUCCGGUACAAUGUUAAGGGCGUGUUCUCGCCAACUAAGUUCGCGGCCAUACUGUUUAGGCAGCAACGCAGCGGGCGUGUAGUUAACUUCACUUCCGAUGCCGGACUAGGCGACAUAGGUCGCUCGAACUAUGCGGCAGCGUCAGAAGCAAUUAUCGGACUGACGCGCACAGUCGGCAGGGACCUGGGCCGUUAUGGCGUUACCUGCAACGCCAUCUCUCCGCUGGUGGAAACUCGGUUAUUCCCUGGCUCAGUGGAAGAGUUCCGCGUAGUGCAGGGACCGUCACCCACACCGGCAGAGCGCGCAGGCAUAGGCCAGUCCCCGCCCGUCUCCGAAUGGGAAGGUGAAGGCAGCCCGGACGACCCCGCGAAUGUCGCUCCGUUGGCAGUGUAUCUCUCCACUUAUGCCGCGCCGAAUGUGAACUGCAAUGUGUUUGGCGUGCGUGGUGGCAGCAUAUACCUGUAUUCCAACCCUGAAAUUGCAAACGCUAUUCAUAAGUGGGGCACUUUCACAAUGGACGAGAUGGAUGUGCUGGUCCCGAAGAUUUUUGGCAAGGGCCUCUAG